AUGGGUGUCUUAUCCCUCAGUACUUUGUUGUUUUCUGGUGUAUCAUUUUGGAUGAAUAUAGAGAAAAGCAGAAGACCGAUAUGUCUGUGGUUCCUGUGUUGGGUUGGCUGUUUCGGAUAUUUUAUGGUAUCCGACUCGACCAAUAAACAAGUCCUCACUUUUGGCGCAGUACAAGUUAUAUUGAGCAUUGCAACUUUGCAAUACGUUGGAAUGCCGUUAUUAGGACUUACGAUAAGAGGAGAGGCAAAUCAAGAGUACUCCUUGAUUUGCACGUUAACUGGCUGUGCAUUUUUACUGUUUCUAUUCAUGAAUCCAACAUUUCGGGUGAUGUUCCGGAUCAUGGCAGUUCUGCACUUCUUAGUUGGAAGCCUGUGGUUUUCAAAUUUUAUUUAUAAGAGGAUUAUUAAGUAAUAUUAAUUGAGUUAUCUAGAUUUUGUAAAUAAGUAUUGAGAAUAAAUAAUCUUUUUUAAAUACAGUUUUAAUCAAAUUUCACUCAUGCGCAAAAUAUAUCGAUUAGGUAAAAUGAUACACUCAACUCAUUUUAAUCUUCAGUUAAAUCAUUGAGU